GUCAACCAAUUUUGGACAAUGGUUUUUGCUGAGGAAGUUGACACUAUUGUUAUGUUUGCUGGGAGUAAAACUCGAAAGAAAGAUUUACGGUAUUGGCCAAUUAUUUUUAACGAACCAAAGAACUACAGACAUGUAGAUGUGGAAGUCACAUAUCUGAACACACACUCAGCUUAUACUCAUAUGAAAAUGAGCAUCUCGAACAGGGAAACGACCAGGAAUAUUAACCACAUUCAAUGCGUGCCAGUCUCCACGUUCAGUUCAGAUGGAUUCGUUGACCUUGUUAAAUCUGUGAGAUCGAACGUAAAGGCAGGACGUAUUCUCAUACACUCUAGCGAAGGACUAGGAUCAGCCGUUCCAUUUGUUGUUUUGGAUAUGUGUUUGCAACAGCUUACAAAUGGCUCUUUGACAGAGAAAGUUGACGUGUAUGAAAUGUUAGUGAAUAUUGUUAAGACCCGCAAAGACCUUUUGCCCUCACAGGAGUUGUUUAUCCUAACACAUGACUGCGUCAGACAUCUUGGUAGUUGUGACUACGAACCGCUUCGAAGUUCAGAAGAAAUUGAAAGUGUUUACCAAACUUUAAAAGUGAAUGACUGAUGUACGCAAAUCUGCUGGAUUUAUCCAUAAUCGGAGGAUUUACAGCACAGUUAUGCC